GUGACAUAGAACAAGAUGCAAUUUACAAGAAUGCAUGCUUUCAAAGGAGCAAUUCUUUUUCACUGAGCCAAAAACGGGAGCAGAAGGGAGGGAUGCUGCUGAAGGCUUGGAGCUGCAAUGCAUUACCAGAGGGGAAGGUUUUGCCCACAUUAUGCUCAUUGGAGCCAUCAAGAAAAUCAGAGAAAGAAAAUGCAAAGGACUUUCUUCUAUCAAACUCACUAAAUGCAGCUACCUAUCCCAUUGGUUUGGAAUCAAUUGUUAAGAAUCAUAUGACAAACAAGAAAAAAGUAAAUGGACUUGAUGUUAAUGGAGGUUUGGACUGGAUAAUUCAUGCCACUAUUCCACGUAUUGUCAUAAUUCCUACAUCAGAAAGCAGUAUUUCUGAGGGGCCAGAGCAGCCAGCAGACAAUGAAAUAGAUGAAAAGUAUGAAAAAGAUUUGGAUGACGAUGACUUCUUCAACUUUAAUAUUGACACUACUUUACUG